GACUCCUGUUGCUGCAACUGCUCUUCAUCGUCAACUUCCAUGCCCACCAGCAUUUUCAUCCUCUCAAAUGCUUGAUUCAUCUUCUCCAUUUCUCUCGAAUUAAUUUUUGAAAUCGAUUUCCAAAUCAACUGUUACAUAAAUGAGCUUCUGAAUUUGUAAUUUAGUCCCCAUCCAAUUUACACUGAGACCCUCCAAAUUCAUAUAAACUUCGUUAUAACCCCUGGAGUUUCGCUUUAUCUGUACUCUUAGUACCUUUUUUCUCUACAUUUUCUCUUCAAACGAUAAAACCUUAAUUCAGGAGCUGGGCAUCAAAUUCGUCUUCCUUUGCAAAUCGAUAUGGUAACGGUACCAAUUCUUUGAAUCAAUCAACAUUCUACUCUUUACCGGGGGAUGUCCAGGAGAGACAAACCUAGAGGACGCCAUCAGGGGUUAACUCAACAAAAAAAGCAGGAGAUUAAAGAAGCUUUUGAACUUUUUGAUACUGAUGGAUCUGGAACAAUUGAUGCAAAAGAGUUGAACGUUGCAAUGAGGGCUCUUGGUUUUGAAAUGUCUGAAGAGGAAAUUACUCGAAUGAUAGCUGAAGUUGACAAGGAUGGCAGUGGUGCAAUUGACUUUGAUGAAUUUUGUCACAUGAUGACAGCCAAGUUUGGAGAAAGGGAUACCAAAGAAGAACUCAUGAAAGCUUUUCACAUUAUUGACCAAGAUAAAAGUGGAAAGAUCUCUACUGCAGAUAUUCAGCGCAUAGCCAAGGAGUUGGGUGAAAAUUUCACCGAGAGAGAGAUUCAGGACAUGAUUGAUGAAGCAGAUCGUGAUCGUGAUGGUGAAGUAAAUGCCGACGAAUUCAUGAGGAUGAUGAGGAGAACAUCAUAUGGAUACUAGAUUCUUUAUAUGAUGACAAACAAGAAUAUUUGAAUUCCAAGUUUGGUUAUACUACAAUUGUUAUUUGAAAUGAGUUGCUAUAGUUGUUGUUUGUGUCAUUUGUAGUCCUUUGAUGUUCAGUUAGCUGAAUGACAUACUCGAAGAAAGCUAGAAAUCUGUAAUCUUGACUAUAGAUACAUAUGUAUUACAUUGCACAGAACAUAGGAGAAUAUAUAGAUGAGUUUAAUUGAC